AUGCAUCGACAUUUUGGUAGACUUAAAUCCAUCUUCAAGUCUCUGUGCUCCGACGAACUUUCAUCCUCGAAGGCAAAAGCGACAAGUUCUACGAGCACGCCAGAUCCGAAUCCCUUCGAGACACUCAGUAAUCUGCAAAUAGAGAGCGACUCACCCAGCGCAAGUGGCAACAAAAACAUUGAGGCCGAUGAGGCACACUACGAGCACUCGAAAGAUGGACGAGACGACGCUGGAGAUGACGGCAUCAAGAAUGAUGCAGCUGUCCAGGAUCUUGAGUUGUGUUUUGUGCUUUGGGAUCUCGAAACGACUUGCUCAAAGGUCAGGACAUACUGGGCCGAUGCUGCAGUAAGCAAGAUACCGUUCAUGCUCGCGGCCUUCCUCACCAACGCUGCCAUGGUGAGUGUGGCAACUCGCUUCCACUGUGGACGACGAUUCUUCGAUACGUGUGAAAUAAUCGCAUACACAGAGAUAGUCGAUAUAGUCGAGAAGUACAAGUCAUCAACACUCGGCAUACCUGAAACAGCGGACCCUGUUGCCAUGAAUGCCUUCACACUUCCUCUUAUGUCCACCAGUCUAUGCCAGCAGGGGAUCAAUGAUCAUGCAGAGCAGUCGCGGCAAAGCAUCAUCGAGAGCCUGCAAGAUUACAUCAUUCGCUCUAGAAGGACCUUGCGACAGCAUCAAAAGAGUUGA